AAGGUUCUCGAAGCUAUUACAAGUGCACAUACUCUGAAUGUCAAGCUAAAAAGAUAGAAUGCUCUGAUGACACAGGCCACAUGAUAGAGAUUGUCAAUAGAGGCCAACAUAGCCAUGAUCCACCAAGGAAAAAUAACUGCACAAGGGAAAGUAGGGUUGUUUCAUCUACUGAGCCUGUUUUACAAAGUAGUGUCACCGAACAUUCCAUAAGAAUGCCCAAUAAUUCAGAUCCUUCCACAUCUUCAAAAGAAUCGACUCUAGAAAUGACUGUAGUUCCUGAAAGAAAACAGCAGCACUCAAGUUCUGAUAGAAAUGGCGAAACACAGUUGAAGGAGGAGCAUGUGCGAGAACCAGAUCCAAAAAGAAGAGUGAAGAAAGAUAACAUGGAUUCUCCUGGCUCUGUAGUAAAACCUGGGAAAAAACCCAAAUUUGUUGUGCAUGCAGCUGGUGAUGUGGGGAUCUCUGGUGAUGGUUACCGGUGGCGUAAGUAUGGACAGAAAAUGGUGAAGGGAAAUCCUCACCCCAGGUGCCUGUUCACUUCAGCUCUAAAUCUUUUUCUUUAAGAGUUUAUAAUUUGUUCUUUAUAAAUCUUUACACAUUUGAUCUGCUACUGCCUUGUCCUUAUUUGGUUUGGCAUGUGGUUACUUGUUUUGUGUAUAGCCAUACAUAUCUGUGAACAAACAAGUUAAUCAGAU